UUGAAGAUCUUUUCCAUCCUAUCGAGAUGUACUACUCCACUUCUGUUCUGUGCAGGUUGAAUAUAUGUGGCCCAAUCACAUCUUGCCACUAAAAAUCUUACAUUUAUCCAUAUACUCCACGAACAGUAGAUUUUACUCAUCCCUGAUUAGACCCAAAACAAUCAUGAGCACGGUAGACAACACAAGCUUAGGGCGUCUUGCACGAUUAGGUAUUGUUCGGUUUAGAGGGGAUUGAAGAGGAUUAGAGGGGACUGAGGGGUAAUAAUUUCACACCAUAAUAGGUAUUGAAUAAAUCCCCUCUAAUCCCUUCCUCAUGAGAAUUAACCGAACAAGCCCUUACCCCGCUACACCCAAAAAUGUUUCCGCUGGGGUGCAAUACUGCUAUCGAUGGCUUCUUACGUAGGAAUUUCAUUUUUCUAAUAUUUUUUCAUUAAAAAUUGUACAAAUAUGACAAAUCUCUUUUAUAAAACAAAGGUUUCUAUAGAAAUUAUGCGAGCACAUAUGUUCACAUAUACACAUAUUUCAUAUUUAUGACUAAUUAUUUUUUUCAACGACACCGACAAAUCCGUCAAUAGGCUUUAUUUUUCUUUCACAAAGCCCGUAAACUUCCAUAGGAGCCUACUACAUCAGUGGCUUCGUGCCGCACUAACGAGGCAUCUAUAGUGAUUGACUUUAUCAAUGUAAAAUAUGACAGCCAAAUAUUUUGAUGGGAGGUGUUCAUGGUUAUAUGUACGUUUAUACUCCGUAUGAGUGAGUAGCACUCCCUCCGUUCUGAGAUAUUUACUAGUACUACGAAUCUGGAAAUACUCUUUAUUCAGAUUCAUUGUACUAUAAAAGUAUCUCAUAUAUCCAAAAAUUUUUAUAUUUUGAGACCGAGUGAAUAUAUGUUUGUGGUUUUCCUACAUGUGAGUAGAGUGCAUCAGUGGAUAUUAGAGCCUCCACGAUAUGGGAAUAGUAUCAGCCAGUGUGUUGAUGACGUCAAAGCUCAAAGGGUAGAUGAAAAGUUCAUGCUUCAAAAAUGGCAUGUCUUGGAAACUGGGAUUUUCCUAAUAAUGAGAAAUCCUAUGUGCAGAGAGGAGACAAAAGCACUGCUCAACACACUGCAGGCUGCAAAGAUUUGCUAGUACUACUACUCCAGUACACAAACACAUCAUUGGCCACUUCCCUAAUCUCAUUUAACGUUUGCAUAACGCACUCAUUCUGCGGUUACUGCAUUAGCUACUCAUGAAUGUGGCUAUUUACUAGUAGUACAAUUCUAAGUGCCAUUCCCAGGAGGAGUGAGCAGCUUCUCCACCCUUAAUCAGGGGCGGAGCUAAUUGGUUUUGGCGAUCAAUCUGCCUCGUCGAGUCGUCGUUCCGCCCUCCACACUUCCCAGUUCGCGACUGCGCCAACGAUUGCGCGAGCACCGCUGCCGCAACUCAACUCCCGUGACCGACGGCGGCAAUCGGUGGCCGGCGAGGCAGCGAUCAGGAUCAGGUAAGCGGUUAGGCCACUAGAACUUGCGCCCUUGCCGACGGCCAACACGACGCUCGCAGGCCACAAGACAAAAGCUGAAUGAAGCACCGGCAUCGCAUGAACUGAUCGCAUUGUGUUGGUAAAUUCUAUACUUCUAUGUCGACAUAUUACAUUUAUAGUGUUAAAGAAAAUUUAUGUUCAGUUGGACCAUCCUAGCCUAAAAUCGUAGCUACGCCACUGCCCUUAAGCCCUUGCCAAUGGAGAAGUGGAGGUUCUAUGGGGGCCAUCAGUUUCAGAGUUACAGCUUUCACGAAGAGGAGAACCUCUUUCAGGAUUGGAGUCUUGAUUACCUGCUGCUGGGAGAGGAUGAGCCCUUUUUCACUCACCACUUCAGCACUAGUGUUCAUAGCAACUUCGUGCAAGACGAGCUUUACACCCUCUUCGACGGAGAUAUCCUGAGCAUUUGGGGCGACAUGAAAGAAGACGCCUAUCACAGGAGCGACAAAGAUGGCGGCGAGAAGGAAGAGAAGCUGGAUCAUGAGAAGGCCAUGGAGCUGCAGCUGCAACGACUCCCGAGCGGCCGUCAAUCAGGGGAAAAGACACUGACGUUCGAGCUCGUGUCCCAGUACUUCUGCCUGCCGAUCAAGCAGGCGGCGCAGGAGCUCAACGUCGGGCUCACGCUUCUGAAGAGGAGAUGCAGGGUGCUCGGCAUCCCACGAUGGCCGCACCGCAAGGUCAAGAGCUUGGAGACGAUCAUCAAGAAUGUCCAGGAGCUAGGGAUGGAGACUGGCCAAGACGAAGAUAAUACUAGGAACGCAGUGGAGAUGUUGCAGCAAACAAAGAAGCUCAUCGAGCAAAGUCCUGAUGCUAAGCUGGAUGAUUGGACGAAGAUGUUAAGGCAAGCGUGUUUCAAGGAGAACUACAAGAGGAGGAGGCUCCUGGCGAUUGAAGGAUGAAGAGGGAUAUGUAGCAAGGUGACUCUGCUUGUAGAUGGUAACAUCAGGAUAGUGCAGGUAAUCAGGUUAUUUUGGCUGAUCAAAUGUGUAGGCAGUAAUUUCUAGUCAGGCUUUUAGGUAUGACCCAAGGCAGAAAAGUAGGAAUUUUUGCUGUAUAUACCUCUUUUCUAGCCAAGUCUUCACUGAUAGUAACAGUACUAGUUUGGUAUGUUGGUCAUGGGAAGUAUCAUGUAUAUAUCUGUUUUCAGACACGAUCUGGCGUGUGAACAACUAGUGCUUUUAGUUCUGAAAAUAAAGAUGGCGUCUUUUGCUGCACAUUUGUUCUGUGGAGAAAUUCAGAAUUGCAUGAAGAACAGCUAAAGUAAACCAUUUCAUGUCAUUCACCAUUCGUCAGGAAACAUGAACCAUGCAGAAACAUGGAGCUUAUAUAGUAGUACAUUGAGUUCACACCGAAGAUUGGUGUGCUUCAGUAAUCCAACCAAACUGCCCCCAAGUCUGAACAUCACCUUGUGUUGUACAAGAAAA